CCAGAUUGCUCGGGCUCAUUCAGUGCAACAACUAUACUGACCCUGACUUAUCGCUACUUCUCGGCCCCAUGCUCUCCGAGUACGCCAAAGACCAGCCUGCGGGCUUCACCAACCGCAUCGAGCGGGUCGCUAUCGUUGGUACUGGUGGCUCCAUCGGCCGACAUAUCGCUGCUGAGCUUGUCAAGACAGGCAAACAUACCGUUACCGGCUUGACUCGGACAGAUAGCAAGAACAAGCUACCGGAAGGGGUGAAGCCUGCCUACAUAAACUACGAUGACGAAUCUACCCUUGUCACGGCCCUGCAAGGCCAGCAAUUCCUCGUAAUCACCCUGCCAGUUAAGGCGCCACCGGACACUCAAUCCAAAUUGCUUCAGGCAGCGGUCAAGGCCGGCGUUCCGUAUAUAAUGCCCAACGGUUAUGGUUCUGACUUCACCAACGACGCCCUUGCCAAGGCUACGCGCAGGGGUGAUGUGAUUCGCAAGUCUCUUCAGGAGAUCGAGGCAACAAAUGUCUGCUCGUGGAUCACGCUCGUCUGCGGUUUCUGGUAUGAGUUCAGUAUGGCCCGUGGGGAAGACUGCUUCGGAUUCGACGUGAAGAACAAAAAGCUCACCUUGAUUGACGACGGGAAGACAACGAUCAACACCAGUACCUGGGACCAGUGUGGUCGUGCGGUCGCGGCACUUUUAAGCCUGAAGGAAUUGCCAGACGAUCCAAAUGAUACGAGCCCAACAGUGAGUACCUGGAAGAACAAGCCGUUGUAUAUCGCCAGCUUCACAAUCAGUCAAAUAGACAUGUUCGAAAGUUGGAAAAGAGUUACUCACGAAAAGGAUGAGGAAUGGAUGAUUGGCUAUGAGACUAGUGAGGCACGAUAUGAACGGGGCCUAGAGCGAUCUGAAGGGGGCGACAGAAUGGGGUAUGUGCAGGCGCUGUACACGCGACAGUUCUACCCGAAUGGGGAUGGGAACUUUGGGAAGAAACAUGGUCUGGCCAACGACAUCCUGCAGCUGCCCAGGGAGGAUCUCGAUGAGUGCACCAAGCGUGCCAAGGAGAUGGUUGACAGCGGUUAUGUUUACCACUGAGCAGAUAGGCAGAUAGAUCAUGCUUACUUUGAUGGGGCAAAACAAGGAAAGGCUUGUUUGGACAAAAGCGGAA